UAGCUGAGUGGUUGAUUUCCCUAUAUACGUUCUUGAGGAAUGACAGAGGGGCUCUAAGUUCCGCCUGCCACCGAGGAUACAAAAAAAAGAGACUUUCUCUGAAAUAUCGCAAUCCCAAUCCAGUCGUCGUCGUUUCAUCAUCAAGUUGUGCUUUUUCUCCGAGCAGCUUAGUACCAGGGAACAAAAAUAUGGUCGUCGCCGUCAUCCCGAGGAGAGCCUCACGUCCCCUCAUGCUUGCCUAAAAUCUGCUAUGCUGCUCAUGCUUGCUUAAAACACUGGUGCAAACCCUGGGCAAACAGCAAGGCCUCCAGCCCUACAACUUCCAGCUCAUGCUUGCCUAAAAACAGCAGGCCCUGCAGCUCAUGCUUGCCUAAAAACUGCUACAGCGCGCUGCCAACAAACUUCUGAAAAAAAAUGUCAGGUCAACCUCCUGUAGCCGGAGAUUUGAUUACUCCGAAGGAAGGGGAUACCUUGCUAGGACCCUCCGGAAGUGGCCAUGUAGCAGUGGAGAUUGGGCGACCAGUGCUACCAGAGCCACCAAUUAUGGUCACCAUUUAGUGUCCAUCAUUCAUCUCGGCAUCUUGGUCCCACUCGAGUAGGCACGACCGUCGUGACACGGCCAAAAAGCCUGAUUAUCGGGCCGCCGACGUCGCCAAUGAAUGAAUGAUUGGUCCCCUUUGCGCUUGUAUUCUCGUGAAAUACAAGGUAAAAGGAGUCAAGAUGAGGGUGCCGAGAUGCAAUCUAGCAGACUCUAAACCAAGUUCAUCUUCAGGCACAGUAUCGAACGAAAAAUCCAAAUCUUCAGCAUCGUCCUCAAGGCCAAAAUUGUAUGGAGGAAGGAACUUGUAGCGAACUAGGAUGUUGCGCUUCUCUGUCGUGCUGUGAGUCACUCAUAUGGUGAUGUUGAGGCAAAAAGAGUAAGAGUUGUAACACAUUCUUUCUUGAUACUCAGAUCACGUCUGGUGGAACCACUGUAAUGAUAUCAAACUCUAACUACUUCUUUCUUGGAUAAAAACUAAAACUUGUAGACUUAUUCAGACUGACACGGGUACUUCAAAAACACCUAAGUUUCAUCUGUUUUUAAACUGACUUCGUGUUACAGCCAGCUUAUGUUUUAGCUUUUAUUUUACUUAGCUUUUAAUAUUUUGCUAUUGCUUCAUACUUGAUCAACGCAAGAGCACGAGCUCGUCGAUGUGGCAUUGUCUCCGCCACCCUCACCAGGAAGACGAGACCCAGUUGAUGACGCCGCUAGAAUGCUGGACAACGGCUCAUCGGGAGGCAAUUCUGUUAUGUCAUAGAUUUCUUAGAUGUCGUUGUCGUCAGUGCUGGUAGAGAUAUCAUAUAGGAAGAAGUUCGUUGGAGUAUUUCUCCAACAUUCGUCUUCAUACAUGAUUACAAGUUAUGCCUAUGUGGUUUCUUAGUAGGUAUUGUCGUCGUGGAAGCUCGUUCUUUGUAGAGAUACUUAAUUCAAACUCUGAUAUCAUCAAUCUUGAGAGAGCUAGUAGAUUCUUUCCGUUCAUCGUCAAUCUCCUGAGUGAACCUUGCUCGUCUGUAAUUCAUCGACUUUUCACCCUUCUCUGUCUAACUCCGUUGGCUACAACUAUCUUGACCCCGAGGGAGGUCCUGCAGUAGAGUUUUUAACCGACUUGGUCAAUCGAGCAGACAAGUAUGCCAGAGACGUCCUACCGCCAAACCUACACCAGUAUUAAGACUAGUUUAUCACUACUCCUAGUAGAAAGACUAUGGCUAUGCUGAGUGGUGCUGGUGUCCCCUUGACAACUUAGAGGGAAAUCUAUCAGGGGGGAAUGAAAGCAACUCACUCAACGCUUUUAACCAGGGAUAGUGACACUCUGACACUCUAGCGUUAAGAGUAUCUGAAUAAAGGAGACGUAUCGAAUUUCGUCACCUUUCUGAUCAUGCUCCUUGGCAUUUUCCUCAACAUGACGAUCUACACAACGCCAGAACUCUUAUGGUGAAGUCGCUGAGUACUAGGUACUACUAUCAAAUACAAAGAGUACGAUAACUCAUUCCAUUUGACUUCGACCACCUUGCAGCUCAUCUUUUCGCUGAGAGCUACACCCCUUCAUUUUCUCGAGCCACCAACUACAUACUUGCUUUUGGCCUGUUCGGGUUUGCGGGAGGCUUUACAAACUGGCUCGCGAUAAAAAUGCUCUUCGAAAAAGUCUGCGGUUUACCAGGAAGCGGCGUGAUUCCUGCGAGAUUCAAUUAUGAAGAUGGGAACUUGAUUUUCUAGUGUGAGGACAAUGAUGUGUUGAAAUAACAGGAAACAGGACUGAAGAGUUCAAGAUGUCGUAAGAUGUCUACCUACUGAGACUCGCUUAAUAUGAAUCUUCUAAUGCCAAGAGAUAAGGACAGUGGUGAAGGGGACGAUCAUGAAAGCCUUUUUCGAUGAUGAGUACUAUUUUCGCGACAAGAUAAUUUCUUUACAGAAGUAUGCAAAUUUGAGCCAUGAUGUUGUCAGAAACGCUUGGUUGAAAAAAAAACAUGGUGAUUCUGAUUGAUCGUUAGCAUCAGCGCACACUACUACAAACAUACGAUGCUUUUAUGUUCAUCACAAACUCAUCACAAGCACCACCCUUCCACUUCCUCGUAGGUUCCUGAACAGCUAUCUCGAGAGUCGAGGUAGUGGACUCCUGAAAUCCAUGGAUAUAGGUGGGAAAGUUGCGGAAUUUGUUUCCGCGCCUGACUUCGAGAGUGGGCUGAAAACCAAAUUAGAAGAGAUUAAGGCCUGACUCGACAAAAACUAGUAUUGUGUAUCAAUUUUUUAAAUCCUCUCCUAGUUAGGUUGGCUCGACAAAAACUAGUAUUGUUGUAAUAUCUUUUUGCUUUUUUUCGGGUAGGUUGAUCAGUAAUCAUUCUUUUUACGUAGUAGAUGAAUGUCUUGAUUUCAUACGUAGUAGAAUGUCGCAUUGACCAAGAUGCAAAAACCAUGUCGACGUGUGAUGGACUCUAACAACCUUAUAAUGGAGUUGGACUCUAAUAAUCUGACUCUAAUAAUCUUGUGAUGGGAUCAUCUAAGUCUCUAGUAAUUCUACAAUGUCCUUGAUGAAUCGUAACUAAUGGAUACCCAGAAGAGAGUGACUAAGUCCGCAACAAGAACAUUUCUUCUAAUGUCAUCUCCCAGACCCCAGAGGGCAUGAUGCUUCAGAUGGUGAAGCAGAUGUUUGGCGGAAGUUUUGACGCCCUUUUGCCCAUGGUCCGACCAGUUCUUAUCACGCUGGCAAAAGAUCUGGGAGAUAAUAUUGAUGUACUUGUUAUCACUCUAUCACUUUCGAGACGAAUGUCCAUGUUGUAUGAUCGUAUACAAUUAUUACUUGUUUUUGCCUAGGUAGUGUAGAUGACAUUCACACUCAUCAUGUUCUUGCUGCCUAUAUAGGUAAUCAAAAUAGGUAAUCAAUUUUGAUGAAGUUUCAUGUCGCGAACCACCCCAUUCUGGAAGCAGCUUCGACGCUUGUUUACGGUACGGUAGGUUGCUCAUUGUCCUGUGUUGCAGAAGGACAUUCUUGUUGUCCUCUCUACCUACGAAUUAAUAUAUCGCAGUCGAGAUCAAUUCCAUUCUUUAAUAUACAACACAACCGUAUUAGGAUCCCACCAUAUCACCACCCCUCAAGACAGCUCCGACGUCUCGUAUCCGUGGACCGCGUGAAAACGGAGAUCGACCUGCUAAUGACUGAGAAGUUAGAGCUUCUGACGCCAGAGCUAGUGAAAACACUGCUGGAGGAGAUGAUUCGCUCACACCUAUUAAGGCUCAGCUUUCAAUGGUCAUUGGGGUUGGUCACUGAAAUGGAAGAGGCGACCUUCCCUGGAGAGUAGAACAGGGGAAAACGAAGGGAAAGGGGAGAGCUUUGAAUGGGGUCCCUUCCGUUCAGAGUCAGUGACCAUUGAAGGCUGAGCUUUAAAUCUAGGCUGGCUAGUCUUAUGUUAAGGCUAGGCUUUCACUAUUCCGUGUUGGAAAGAAAUGCUGAGUGAACUGUCCCCUGAGUGAAGACAUUAAUAGCUAGAGGCGCCAUGACAUGGCCCCCUGACCUAAGGGAGAAAGUUAGGGGGAAAGGGGGAACUCUUCACUCAACCAGGCAUAGUGGAAAGCUAGCGCUAAUUAUGGGGUAAUAUCUUCGGUGGGCUCAUAGGCCUGUUUUCGAUGGCUUCGGGAUUGGGGUACUAGCUGGUGGAUUAUGACCACGACGAGAGGAGACUACAACAAAGAACUCUAGUACCUGCGCCAUGCAACUGGUGGCGGGCGAACAUGGCAGCACUCAUUCUUAGAGCAAGGAAACUCGACAAUUUAAAUCAACCUGGUACACAACAUUUUUACAACGACGAACAAGAAUUAUUGGACAGAAACUUCAACUUAUUUAUCCAUCAAACAAGAAAAGGAUAUGGCAAAAUCCCAAAAUCAACAUCAUCCACUUAUCCUUAUACGGAGUGAAAACGUGACACUCACUGAUGCGACCUCAAGGGAAUUCCGAGAAUGGACUCUCGUACUGGCUUCCUGUUCCUUGAAAAAAUGGAAGGCCAAAAAUCAGAACCUCAUGUACUUCAGUAAACGUUGCAAUGGCAAUUUUGAUCAGGAGGACAGUCCUCGCAGGAUCGUUGGUG